AACAAGUGACUGUAAUAAAAUUAGUUUAAAAAGAAAAUUUGAGGUAUGGGGAAGUUAGAAAGUUAGAAGAUUCACCAAGUUUCUUCUUGCCAGUUGAUAGAAUCGGUUAAAGGGGGGCGGGUAGGGAGGAGAAGCCGCCCUCUGCAGAGCUGCCUCAGGCCAGGCAAGGGGUGAGCAGGCUAGACAAGAUGGAAUCUUUUCUUUUGUCCGUGGUUGGUGCUCUAUUCGGGAUGAGGAGACGAUUGUUCCUCUUGGUGAAGUUCAUUCAACGUUGAGUACCUACCAGUAGCCUAGUCUCUCAACAGGCCGCCAUGUUCUGCUAUGCUGAGAGAUUUAACUUGGACAGAGAACGUCCCAUAGCCUGGCUGUCGGGUGUUCGCCAUCUCUGGAGUCCAAGCGAAGCCCCGCCCCGGAAGCUGGCUGACCCUCAGACUCCUCCCCAGGCCCGGGCGAGGUCACCACCAGGGAGAGACCCAGAGGAGCCCCGACACCGCAUGCUCCCGCUCCGGCGGGCCGCUCGGCUCACCUAAGCCGGGCUUGCCUGCGCGUGCGCGGCGUUAGGGGAGCUCGGCGAACAGGUCCCGAGAACCUCGAGGCAACCGGAGGCAGGAGCCAGCGGCUGCCAGGCGGCACGGCGCCAGCGCUGCCGCCCAGGCCUCACGUCGGCCACGAACUAAGCGCGCCGCCACGGACCGGGAAGCCCCGGCGCCCCAACCAAUGGGCGCCGCGCUGCGGGCGACCACGCCCACCGCCCCCUCGCACGUAAAGGGAGUCAGGGCCGGGGCGCUCCGGCUGCUGGCUUCUGAUUGGCUGGGGCAAGCAGUGGCCGCAGCGGGCGAAGCCGGUGUUCUGGCUCAAGGGGUUGGCGGCCAGAAGCCGGUAAGACUGGAGGAAGAAACCCCGUAUCUCGGAAGACUCUACAAGAAAUCAAAAUGUCAACCAACACAGACCUUUCUCUCUCUUCAUACGAUGAAGGUCAGGGGUCUAAGUUUAUUCGGAAAGCUAAGGAGACGCCAUUUGUCCCCAUUGGAAUGGCAGGCUUUGCGGCAAUUGUUGCUUAUGGGUUAUACAAACUGAAGAGCAGGGGAAAUACGAAGAUGUCCAUUCACUUGAUCCACAUGCGUGUAGCAGCCCAGGGCUUUGUUGUUGGGGCCAUGACUCUUGGUAUGGGCUAUUCCAUGUAUAAAGAAUUCUGGGCCAAGCCUAAGCCUUAGAAGAGCUGCUGCCUUGGUCUGGGAAGUGCUUGCUUUAAUUAGACGUCUCAUAUUGAGGUUACAUGUUCGUGUCUGCAAUAAAUAACGUGGGUUUAGACAAAACACAGUAUUGAAUAUUGGUUUACUUUCUUGCCAGCUUGAUUUGCCUGGUGACCAAAUUGUUAGUGACUGAUUCACUAACUAGGUCACUCAGAGGAGUCAAGAUAACACAGAAGAAAUCUGUCACCCAAAAGUAGUUGGUCACAGUGUUUUCCUUAUACCUUUAUGAUGAGAGUCAUUGUGAGAAGGGCAGCUGACAGUGCAGAUAUACACACACUAUGUGCACAGUAGGCCAUGCUUCAGGAGGGUGUCAGAAAAGAAUCCUGUUUGCCCUGGUUCAUUUAUUUUGUCUACCUGUGGGCUGACUUCAGAACUUCAGGUUUUAAGGUUUGUUGGCUUCUGAAAACACUUUCCAAAGAGUCCAUGAAAUAUAACUAACUUAUAAAACCCCUAUAACUAAGCAGGAGGGAGUGUGUAUUUUGUGUGUGUGUGUGUGUGUGUGUGUGUGUGUGUGUGUACAACCUAGAAAGCUGGUAAAAGCUGCAGAGAGGCAGUGUUUAUUAGAAUCACACUUAUAAAUUGAUUGUGGGUUUUGGUUUAGCUCUUUUAUAAUUGCAAAGUUAUAUUUUUGCUGCUUGGUAAUAGGAUAAUUCUUAAACAUGUUAAAAUAGAGGUAUUUUGUUUUUUUUUUUUUUGUGGUGCUGGACAUUAAAUGCAGGGUCUCACAUAGAUCAAGCAAGUGCUGUACACUGAGUCAAGCCCAGCAGAAGUAGGUACUGUAAGUUGUAAUACAGGAAUAAAGGAAAUACACAACCGAAUGCAGGCGGGGUGUCUACUAUGUAAGAAUCGUGUCUAUUAAAGGACCAAAAGUGACGGGUAAAUGGUGGGUGGGCUGGUGUUUCCAGACGUUACACACAAACUUGGAUAUGCAGAAUGUUAAGAGUGCUGUGAAAUCCCUGUCCAUCCCUUACAUUCCAUAGUGACAAGAUGUCGUAUGUAUUGUUAUUAAAGUAAGUCUGAACUAUCA